UCUUAAUUUCCUUUUCUCAUCAGUCAGAGUUCGCCCAGUUCCGAACCCAAACGCCCAUAAUCUGUAUGGUAAACCCAAAGCCCAAAGCCGAAGCCAAAGCCAUUGCCUGUUCUUGCAAUCGCAAUCAUUCAUUGCCAGAAAAUUCAUUGAAAAAUCGUUCAAACUGAAGCUGAUUCGUUUUCCUUGGCUGAAAGUUCUAUCUCUUCCUGCAUUGACGCCUCCGCCUGAUUCCAUUUUUACUUCUAAUUUUGGUUUCUUCCUUCCUCCAUACACGGAUAUUACUAUCGCCACUUACCAUCUGCUUUUUGCCACGCUUCUCUUUCUGGAUCUUGAUUGUUUUUCAAUGUGGAAUCUGUAGAUUCUGCCUCUUGUUGCUUUGUUGUUCGUUGCAUCAGUGGCGAGGGAAGACGCUGAAGUCACACUUGGUGCCUGAAGUAUUGAAGAAAUGAGUGCGUACAUCGUUGGUGUUCUUGUACCUAUUGUAGUCACACUUUUCUUCCGGAAAUCUAAAAAAACAAAGAAAAGAGGGGUGCCUGUUGAUGCUGGUGGGGAUCCUGGGUUUGCUGUUCGGAAUAGUAAGUGCACUGCGCCUGUGGAAACAGCAUGGGAAGGCAUCCUUACUCUUGCAGAACUCUUUGAGUAUUCAUGCAAGCAGCACCAAGACAGACGCUUACUUGGAACACGCAAAUUGAUCGCAAAAGAAACUGAAGUAGCUGCUGAUGGGAGAUCCUUUGAGAAGCUUCAUUUGGGUGACUAUGAGUGGCUAACAUAUGGUCAAGCAUUUGAAGCUGUGUGUAGCUUUGCUUCUGGUCUAGUGCAAAUUGGGCAUAAUAAGGGAGAACGUGCAGCAAUCUUUGCUGACACUAGAGAAGAAUGGUUUAUUGCUUUGCAGGGAUGCUUUAGGCGCAAUAUCACUGUUGUAACUAUAUAUGCAUCUUUAGGGGAAGAGGCAUUAUGUCACUCGUUGAACGAGACAGAAGUCACAACUGUGAUAUGUGGCCAGAAAGAGUUGAGUAAACUGUUAGGUAUCAGUGGACAGCUUAAGACAGUGAAGAAUGUGAUAUGUAUGGAUGAGAUUCCUCAAAGCAUUUUAAAUUCUGAGCAGAACGGGGACUGGAAAAUUGCCUCAUUUGCAAAAGUUCAAUUGCUUGGCCAAGAAUGUAACGUGGGUGCUGAGUUACCUAUGUCAGGUGACAUUGCAGUUAUAAUGUAUACAAGUGGAAGUACCGGAUUGCCGAAGGGUGUGAUGAUGACACAUGCAAAUGUCUUGGCCACAGUUUCUGCUGUCAUGACUAUAGUUCCUGGUCUAGGGAAGAAGGAUACCUAUCUCGCAUACUUACCCAUGGCUCAUAUCCUUGAAUUAGCAGCAGAGAAUGUAAUGGCUGGCGUUGGAUGUGCUAUUGGAUAUGGGUCUCCUUUGACACUUACUGAUACGUCUAACAAGAUUAAACGUGGGACAAAGGGCGAUGCAACUGCACUUGUGCCAACAGUAAUGACUGCUGUCCCAGCAAUUUUAGAUCGUGUUCGAGAAGGGGUUCUUAAAAAGGUGAAUGCGACGGGUGGAUUAGCGAAGAAAUUGUUUGAUUUGGCAUAUUCUCGUAGGUUAUCUGCCAUGAAUGGUAGUUGGUUUGGGGCAUGGGGUCUGGAAAAGCUUUUAUGGAACUUUCUUGUGUUUAGAAAGGUACAAGCAAUUCUUGGAGGCCGCCUUCGUUUCCUGUUGUCUGGAGGGGCACCUCUUUCUGGGGAUACCCAAAGAUUCAUCAACAUCUGUCUCAGUGCUCCAAUAGGUCAGGGUUAUGGUCUUACUGAGACUUGUGCUGGUGGGACAUUCUCUGAGUUUGAUGACUUGACCGUUGGUCGUGUAGGAGCUCCGCUUCCUUGCUCAUUUGUUAAGUUGAUUGAUUGGCCCGAAGGUGGAUACUUAACUAGUGAUUUGCCAAGGCCACGGGGAGAGAUUGUAAUUGGUGGUCCAAAUGUUACACUUGGAUAUUUCAAAAAUGAAGAAAAAACUAGAGAAUCAUACAAGGUCGAUGAGAGGGGAAUGCGGUGGUUCUACACUGGUGACGUAGGCCAAUUUCAUGCUGAUGGUUGCCUUGAAAUUAUUGACCGUAAAAAGGAUAUUGUCAAACUUCAACAUGGAGAAUAUGUUUCUUUGGGGAAGGUUGAAGCUGCACUCAGUGUGAGCCCGUAUGUGGACAAUAUUAUGCUUCACGCUGACCCGUUUCAUAGUUACUGUGUUGCUCUUGUUGUGGCCUCUCAACAUGCAGUAGAAGAAUGGGCUUCUAAGCAAGGAAUUGAUACAAGUGACUUCGCUGCACUCUGUCGUAAAGAAGAAGUAGUGAAGGAAGUCCAAGCAUCACUCAUAAAGGAAGCAAAGAAGGCUCGAUUAGAGAAGUUUGAGAUCCCUGCAAAAAUCAAAUUACUCUCUAAUCCAUGGACUCCUGAAUCUGGGCUUGUCACUGCAGCUCUCAAGCUUAAAAGAGAUAUAAUUAGAAAGGCUUUCUCUGAAGACCUCUCUAAAUUAUAUGCCUGA